GAGUGCAUUGAAUGUGGAAAAACAUACGGAGAGACACCCUAUGAGUUUAAUCAAAAUAGGGAUGUCUGUUCUCAAAGUGAGGAAAGUGUUCUGCAGAAAAUUGACAUUUUGGAGAAACCGUUUCCAUAUGAGUGUAUGGAAGCCCUGGACAAUGGAGCUGUUCUCAUUGCUCACCAGAGAGCUCACAUGGGGGAAAAGCCCUAUGGGUGGGAUGAUUCUGCACCAGACUUCCUCCAGAUCUCGAAUUUCAGUACAUAUCAGAGAUCACAAAUGGAAAUGAAGCCCUUUGAGUGCACAGAAUGUGGAAAGUCCUUCUGUAAAAAGUCAAAAUUCAUCAUACACCAGAGGGCACACACAGGAGAGAAGCCCUAUGAAUGUAAUGUGUGUGGGAAGUCCUUUAGUCAAAAGGGAACCCUCACCGUCCAUCGCAGAUCACACUUAGAGGAGAAGCCCUAUAAGUGUAAUGAAUGUGGGAAAACCUUCUGUCAGAAGUUACACCUCACGCAGCAUCUGAGAACUCAUUCAGGAGAGAAGCCCUACGAAUGUAACGAGUGUGGGAAAACCUUCUGCCAGAAGACACAUCUCACCCUACACCAGAGAAAUCAUUCAGGGGAGAGACCCUAUCCAUGUAACGAGUGUGGGAAGUCCUUCUCUCGCAAGUCAGCGCUGAAUGACCACCAGAGAACACACACAGGAGAGAAGCUUUAUAAAUGCAAUGAGUGUGGGAAGUCCUACUACCGAAAAUCCACCCUUAUUACACAUCAGAGAACACACACUGGAGAGAAGCCCUAUCAGUGCAGUGAGUGUGGGAAAUUCUUCUCCCGGGUGUCAUACCUCACUAUACACUAUAGGAGUCACUUAGAAGAGAAACCCUAUGAAUGUACUGAGUGUGGCAAAACCUUCAAUCUAAAUUCAGCCUUCAUUCGGCAUCGGAAGGUACACACAGAAGAGAAACUCCACGAGUGUAGUGAGUGUGGAAAGUUCUCUCAGUUGCCCUACCUUCCUGACCAACAACCAACCUGUUUAGGAGAGAAAUCCUAUGAGUGUAAUGAGUGUGGGAAAACCUUCCAUGAAGAGUCCGCCCUCAGUGGGCACCAGUCACUUCCAGAAGGGGAGAAAACCUAUGAAUGUAAUAUAUGUGGAAAGUCAUUCUCCGACUUGUCGUGCUACACUGUGCAUUACAGAGGUCAUUCAGAAGAGAAGCCCUUUGGCUGUAACGAAUGUGGGAAAACCUUCUCCCAUAAUUCAUCCCUCUUUAGACAUCAGAGAGUGCACACAGGCGAGAAGCCCUAUGAAUGUUACGAAUGUGGGAAGUUCUUCUCUCAGAAGUCGUAUCUCACUAUCCAUCAUCGGAUCCAUUCCGGUGAGAAGCCCUAUGAAUGUAGUAAGUGUGGGAAAGUCUUCUCUCGGAUGUCAAACCUCACUGUACAUUACCGAAGCCAUUCAGGAGAGAAGCCCUAUGAGUGUAACGAAUGUGGGAAGGUCUUCUCUCAGAAGUCGUACCUCACUGUGCAUUACAGAACUCAUUCAGGAGAGAAGCCUUAUGAAUGUACUGAGUGUGGGAAAAAGUUCCACCACAGGUCUGCCUUCAACAGCCACCAGAGAAUUCAUAAAAGAGGGAAUAUGAAUGUACUCGAUGUGGAAAACCUCUGAAAUCAAGCCUCAAUUUUUAGAAAAUGGUCUGAUUAUAAUGAAUAUAGGAAAUCCACUAGUGAAUCAAAAGAAAAACUUUUAAAGGUUUUUUAUUUCCUUUUGUAGCGCUGGGAAUCAAACCCAGGACCUUGUACAUGCUAGGCAAGCGUUCUAUCACUUAGCUACAUCCCAGCUCCAGCCUGGGAGUCAAAUAUUCUUCAUCUGUGCAUUCAUGCUCCUGGUGGGGAGAAGCACUAAAGAGGGAGACCCAUUUUUUAAUCUGAAUUUUUCAGAGAAUCCCUUGGAAUGCAACAAGAA